AUGGCUACAUAUGAAAAAAGAAAAAUCAAUGGUCAAAAUAAGAACUUUCGUUUACCCUCUCCUUCGGCCACUGAGCUGGAAGAAGACGAUCCUGCUGUUAAACUUCAACCCUCAGACAUUAAAGAUUAUUUUUUUCCUUCCCAUAGACUUAAAUCAGGACUUGAAGAAAUGGCGAAGGAUUACAUCCUCGAGAACACGAAUUUUGAAAUUGUUGGAGGAUACUAUUCUCCUGUUUCAGACCAUUACAAAAAGGAAGGACUAGCGCCGUCUCAUCAUAGAGUUCGUAUGUGUGAGCUUGCGGUAGAACGAACUUCCACCUGGUUAAUGGUUGACGCAUGGGAAUCACUUCAGUACGAUUACACUAGAACAGCAAUGGUCCUUGAUCACUUUAAUGAAGAAAUAAACAUCAAACGUGGUGGCAUUAAGACAGCUAAUGGUGAUUAUCGUAAUGUGAAAGUUCUGCUGCUUGCUGGUGGUGACUUGAUCGAAUCUUUCAAAAUACCUGAUCUCUGGCAGGAUGAUGAUCUUCAUCAUAUUCUCGGUUCUUAUGGAUGUUUGAUUGUUGAAAGAACUGGAGUCGACGUUUGGGGCUUUUUAUUAGGUCACGACAUACUUUACCAACAUAGGAAAAAUGUAUUUGUAAUCAAACAAUUGAUCUACAACGAUAUCAGCUCAACGAAAGUUCG